AUGGACAACCUUACCAUGAUCGGUUGCUCAAUCCCUAUGAACAUUGGGCCUAUCUAUCAUCUCAGCGGCAAGGGCGGUCACCGAUACUAUUGGCUGACGGAGCUUGUGAACUGGACUAGACUGCAGAACGGAGUAUAUAGCAGCUAA